AUGGGGGCGGACGAGAGGGAGGAGAACCACCGCAAGCUGUACCGCUACGUCUCGCAGUACACCGCGAGUCACUGGGGUACCGAGUUCGUCGCCGAGCUGCAGCGCAUCCGAGCGGAACGGAGGGCGAUUGCCGAGGGCAAGGAAGGCGACGAGAGCGCGCAGGCUGCGCAACUCAGGCGUCAGGGCUUGCAGCUCACGGGCAAGGCAUAG